UUGAGGGGGAGAGAGAGCAGUUGCCUGAAGUUGGAGGUCCAUGUCAUGUCCUCUAGGCUGCUUUAGGGCUACCUCCUUCAAGCUGGGCCAUCCUCUCUGAACUAUCUAUCUAUGUGUGCAAAUGGGGAAGGAGGCCCUAUUAGACAGAAGGCUGGCAGUGUAGGGUGGAGGCCAUGGUCUCCUUGAGGGAGAACAACCGGGAAGAGGGCAUCUGCCCCAUCUGCCAGGAGCACCUGAAAGAGGCAGUGAGCACUGACUGUGGACACUUCUUCUGUCGAGUGUGCCUGGCCCAGCAUGUGGAGAAGGCCUCAGUCUCUGGAGUCUUCUAUUGUCCCCUCUGCCGGAAGCCCUGUUCUGAGGGAGUUUUUGGGGCAGCCUACAUCUGCCACAGCCACCAGAAGAAAGUGUGCUGGUUCUGUGAGGAGAGUAGACUUCUUUUGUGUAUAGAAUGCCUGGUGUCCCCUGAACACAAGUUUCAUUGUGAGCUGGCCAUUGAAGAUGCCAUCAGCCAUUACAAGGAACGACUCAACCGCAGGAGCAGGAAGCUCAGAAAGGACCUUGGGGAACUUCGGCGACUCCGGGCUCAGGAGGAAGAGAAACUGCAGGCUAUGCAAUUUCAGGUAGCCUGUGGGCCCCACAGGCUGGAGGCUAAGAUGGAAAACCAGCUCCAAACUGAGAAUCAGCCGGAUGCCCUCCCUCAGCAGUGGCCAGACCAGCUGAAGGGCAUGCCAGCAGAGGUGUCCGGAAUCUUUGACAUCUCCAGGACAAUAACAUCUCUCAGCAGCCUGGUUACUGAUCUAGAAAGGACGGCCAAGAAACUAGAUGCCAACAUGCUGAAGAACGCCAGUGACUUAUUGACCAGGAGUGUUCCUCAAAAAUUAGGAGCUUUUUAUCCCAAGCUAUUGAAGAGUCAACAAAUCACUUCUUCAGCCAUCCUCAGCAACUUUGACCUGUGCAUUCCCGGCCACCUCAUCUCAGCCUCAUCUCAUCCUCCUCGCUGUCUUUCCUCCAAUCUGUCCAGCCUCCCAUUAAGUCUACCCAGUGCACCUUUGGUUCUGCCAUGUCCUGAACAUGACCCCCUUUGCUCAUCCCCACAGCCACGACCUGAUACCUGAUCAUCUGACACUUGGACAAUAGUUACAGCCUCCUUCCUGAACCAAAUUCGAGUUUGUGGCUCCCCCUGCAGAGGUCGAGAUGCAAAAUUUCCACUUUUGGAGAGAGUGCCUAUCUCUCACAAUCUCAUAUUAAAAUAGAAGUAUCCCGGCACUUGGGGGGCCACCUCUGUACAUGGAGCUGGCAAGUCUGAGCUCCUGUAGCAUUGUUGUCUCUACCACUCACAUGGCACUUAUUAUUUUGUGGGCAGACAGAUUCUAGUGUGCCCACCCCCCCAUGAUCCUUCUCUCUUGGUGUUCAUGCACUUGUGUGAUUCCUUCCUCUUGGGUGUGAGCAGGACCUGUGACUUGUUUCAAUAGAAUAUGGAAAGGUAAUGGGAUGUUACUUUCAUAAUUAGGUUACAUUAUAUGGCAAAGGGAAUGAAAUGUCACUUCAGGGACUCUCUUUUGAGACUCUACUUGUGGGAUUGGUGCAGUGAGUGGCUCUGUGGUCAUUGGGCAGCCUCCGGGAGCUAAGAGCAGCCUCCAGCUUUAAGCCAACAGGAAGCUGCAAUAAAGUGAAUUCUGCAUGAA